AUGCGCGGGGCCUUCCCGGGGCUCUGCUUGGCGCUGCUGGCGGCGGAGCGCGGAGCGCGGCUCUGCGCCAUCAUCCACUACCUUGUCCGUGGGCAGUUGGGCUGGUUCGGGCUGACCGUCGCCUGCGUGGUACCCGGCUACGCGGCUCAGCUCCUCAGCAUCCUCUGGUUCAGGGCGGACGGCCGCCCGCCCGGCUGCUGGCUCCUGGCGCUCCACCUCCUACAACUGGGCCUCUGGAAGCGGUACUGGGAUGUUUUGCGGAUGGCGGCAAAGACGGGCGGCAGUGCCUGUACCGGGGAGGUACUGACGCAGCAUGGGGACGUGUGUGUGCUGCGGCUCCUGGAAGCCCUGCUGCAGACCCUGCCUCACCUCCUGCUGCAGGCCUACGUCGUCGUGGCAGUCGACCCAGCGGGCUUCGUCCCUGGUGUCAGCGCGGGGCUGUCCCUGCUCUCCCUCGCCUGGGCUUUGGUCUCCUACAGCCGCUUUGCCUGCCUCCUGAAACCCGGUCACCUCUGCCCGCCGGCCACAGCCAUCCUCUGCCUGCUGCUCUGGAGGACGGGGAUGCUGGGGACCAGGGUCCUGGCCCUGGUGCUCUUUGCCAGGCUGUAUUCUUUUUGGGUUUUUGCUGUGGGAGGUAUCCACUGGUUGCUCAUGUCCUUCUGGCUGGUGGCCCAGCAGACAGACAUCGUGGCCCAGCCCUGCCGCUGGAGGCUGUUCAAUUGCCUGGUGGGAGCCGUGUACAUCUUCUGCUACGUUAAUGUCCGGCCCGGUCCCUCCAAGCAUAGGGUGGCCACGUUUUAUGCUAUAAUGCUGAUGGAGAACACCCUCCUGCUGCUGCUGGCCACCGGGUUCCUGCAGGCCGAGCUGAGGAACAGCCUGUGCGUGACCGGGGCCGUCAUGUCAGGGUCUGCAAUAGGUGCUGCAGCUCUGGUGGUUUAUUACAGCCUGCUCCAUCCCAAGUCCACAGAGAUCUGGCAGGGCUUCCUGGAGACAACCUGCAGUGCUGCGGCUGCCGGUGAUGACGAGGUUGCUGGAGACAGCUCCCAAGCGGGGCAGAGUUUGGGAAUUUCAGGAGAUGGAGAGUCCUUGGCAGGGGAAAGGACCACGGCAGAUCCCAAAAACGGGAACAGCUCAUCGCUCCUGCAAUUCAGAGGGUGUUUGGAGGACGGCUGGACAAACCAUCACCACUGGCUGCUGGUAAAGCUGGCCUUGAAGACAGGAGAUGUGUCCACGAUCAACGCAGCUUUUGGAGAUGGUGGCAUGGGAGAGGUUUACCCUGGAGGAUGGAUGAUGGGGAAACCCGCUGGUGUUGAGCCUGGGGCAAACCUUUCCCUCCCCACGAGGGAAAUCGGUCCUGGGGGUGUUGAAUCUGGUCUGACUGAUGAGAAAUUGCUGGCGGUGGGGAAUGGAGGAGGCGGCAAACCCAGCGCUGGCGCUGCGAGAACGGGAUGGGAGGACAGAGGAGGGCAGGAGGCUAGUUUUCACCCAGCCGUAUCCUGUCCCGGCAGCUUCUCCCCGGAUCUGGCCGAGGGCUCCUCUGUGUAUUUCAGUGUGAGUGCAGGAGGCAUCGCCUCUCCCGGCGCGGGGACAGCCACAGCUACUUGCAUGGCCCUGGUGCAAAGGGAUGGCGAAGCCCAGCCUUCCCCAGGCUGCCUGGGAGGAGGAGGAGGAGGAGGAGGGGAUUUGUCCCUUGAGAUGGCAAGCAUCAGCCCAAUCCUGGGCGCUUGUGCCCACAAGCAUCUGCAGAGCAGCUCUUCCCUCAGCGACGUGAGUGGCUGCGGGGUGGCGGGUCCCCCCAAAGAGGGCUCGGAGCCCGUGGGGCCGGAGGGUGCCCUCGUGGGGUGGCAUCGCCCUUGGGACACCCACCCUUGUGGCACACAGGGGACUGACGUGAGGAGCAAGCUGAGGUCACCGUGCUUCACCUCCACCCCCAAGGCUGACCCUAGAUGCCCCCAGUGAGGACUGGGGGAGCUGGGAGAGGGGACAGACCUGUCUGGGUUGCUGGAGUGACCCUGUAAAUUGCUGCACCGUCACCUUCGGUCAGCGUUGGGGUGACUGCCUCGUCAGUAGGGCACAGCAGGAGGUGGUGGGAUGUUAAUGCUGGCCAUGAAGACUGUCUCCAAUGUGCCCCUGCCGCUGGGCAGAUGUGGUCCUCCAUCGCUAGAACAUCACCUUCCCUCCCGGCGCAUCUUCUGCUUGCAGUUUUGGAGAGCUUCAAAGGUCUUAAAAAGCCUUAAAAGUCCAGGCGUAGGUAUUUAUUAAACUUAUUUAUGUAACAGUCUUGCUAGGCAGCUGGAGCAUGCUGCCUUUGAUAUAUUUGUGACGAUGUCUUGAAGCACGUCCUUUAACAAGUGCCUGUACGAGCUGCUGGUCUGUCCCAGCGUGGAGAUCUGGCUGCUGUCUCCAGGGGCUGCGAGGCUGACCAAAGCAGGAGUCUUCUCAGGAUAAACAAGUGCCUAAACCAGAAAAAUAGUGAGUUUUACUCUCAGAUGCCCUUCCUUCUGGGCAGAAUAAGCCCUAAAGUAAGGCUCAGCAGUGCUUGAUUUAUUUUUCCCCCACCAGGUUCA